AUGGGUGGAACUGACCUCACGUUUAUGCUCCGAGGACUUGAGAAGCACUUAAAGACUGCAUCCCAAAGAAGGGGAUUUGACAAAGGUGAAAAGUGGCACGAUCUCGAUGUCACGACAUGGCCAAUAGUAGAGCAUAUCCGAAAACCAGUGCAGACUGAUGGCGCAUCGUGCGGGUUGUUCAUGUUAAACUUUAUGGAAUAUUGGACAGGCGAUAUGCUUUCUGACUGCAUCACUCAGGAGGAUAUGAAAGCAUUCCGAAGAAAAUUAAUUGCCAUAUUGCAUGAUUCGGAACUAAACAAAAUAAGAGGCAGUCCGAUAUAUAAUCAAUCUAAAGAUCAAGAAAAUGGAUCCGACUAUGAUAUUACAGAAUUGCGAAGUAUAGGUAAAAAACACCAAGGAGAUGUAGCCAAAGAAAAUAUCCAGCUUCCUAUUUGCACCUUGUCCACCAAACCACAUGAGUUUGUUGACGAGAUAUGCAAAUACAUCAUGUCCAUUGACGAUGCAACAUGUUUGAAAAAAGAAUGGGUGCGAAGCUCCACACCUUAUCUACUAGGAUUAACUCUAAAGCAAAUUCAGGACAUACUCCGGAUGGACCAGCCAAUGGAAAAGGAUUGUUUCAACAUGGCUGUGCGCAUAGUGGCAUGUGAUGAGAUACAAUUUUUUAUAGAGCCUCCCGUGCACAACAUGGACUUAAGAUUUUGUGUAAGUUAUUAUAAUCGCAUAUUUAUUGUCACUGUUAUGGUUCUAAACCUUUUUUUUCAUUUCAGUCAGCGAUACUCCAUGGUAGAAAACAUCCACUUUGGCGUGUUAAGCCAGAUAUUAAGGAGUUGGCAACAUUUUUUCAUAGCUGGCCUGGGAUAAACCAUAAUAUAUCAUCAUGC